AUGGCCGGGAUGUGGUUAUUGGCGGCCACGGUACUAGUCAACUGCUACUCCGGAACUCUUAUGUCUUCAUUAACUUUGACAAAAUUCAAGCCUACCGUGAAUUCUUUGGAAGAUUUAGCGGCCAGUCAGGAUUUGACUAUGACAGCCAGCGCCAACAGUGUCAUGGCUAAUACGGUUCUUAACACCACUUCCGCUACGUUGAAAGCCAUAGGAGACGCAAUGCGCAGAAAACCAGAAAGCAUUUACCCCACACCAGAAAAGGGCGUGUCCAACAUCUUUUCUUUGAAGUACGUUUUCCCUACAGUCGAAUCAUACAUAGCUUACUUGAUCAACAUCGAUCUAAAACAAAGCAAGAAAUGUAGAUUUCACGUAACCGGUCGUAUUCCAAUAUCAGAGGGGGCUUUCACUCUUGGAUUACAGAAAGGCAACAAACUCAAUCAACUAUUUAGCGAGAAGCUUCAGCUUCUUUGGGAGACUGGUUUAAUGAUUAAUUGGCUAAAAAAUAAUCUACCAUACGUAGACAAGUGCCUGGCGAAUAGUAAGGAAUCAGCCCGUCAGAAACCCAUAAAGCUCGUUGAUUUGACCAGCGCGUUCUUCAUUCUUGGUAUCGGGGUUUCCUUGGCACUGUUAAGUUUCUUAAUGGAAGUUUUCUACUUUCGUUUUUGAAGUCAGUUAACUAUGGUGGUGUCGGGAGCCAUAAUUUACGAGAACGAGCUUAUGAGAGUAUUCGAGGAAAGAAAUAGUUAUUGUAAUAGUCAUUCUGGUAUGAUUUUAAUGCCAGAUAGGAAAGCAUAAGUAUUAUAGUCAAUCUAUAGCUAUGUUAUAGUAGUAGGAGUGUACACAAUUUAUCCAAUUACAAGUUAUACGAGGAGAUGACGUUGCAGUGGUCCCUCUCGAAGUCUCGGUCAUAAAAUUUUCCAGUUGCACUUUGCUUUUAGUGUUGAAAAUUAAGUUUUUUUUAAAUUUGAAAAUCAUUCAGCAAUCUUAAUUUUGAAACACAGGUUUUUCAAUAAAUAAUCAUUACAUUGCUGUUCCUCCAAUAAAACCAGAAUAUUUAAAAUUACAAGCAA